ACACUAGACAGGAAGUUUCGAAAGUUGCUACUUUGGGAAGGGACAAUUUCCCCACAACACAAAAUGUAAAAAUAGUAACACUAGUAAGAAGGGUCUCAAUGAAAACAACAAGAACAACAAGUGCUAACUACUCACUUUUAGUACAAUUUCUCGCGGCGUGGUGCUUGUAUUGCUUUUGAGCUGUCUGAAAACGCCGAGACGAGCAUUCGGACAACAGCAACAUUUUGUCGUUUUGAUCUUUCAAAAAAGAUACAAUAAUGGAGUUUGCAUCGGACUACAUUUUAGCUGUGCCUGAUGUUGAAUAUGAGUGUGUGUCGGAUGACGAGUUUGAUAGAGGAAUGAGCGUCAGCGACUCUGAUUCCAGCGAUGAGGAGGCAGAUUGUGCUCCUAAUCAAGCCGAAGGCAGAGAGAGAGCCCUUAGGAGCCCGAAGAAGAAACCGAAAAUGAAGACGAAAAGUUCGCACCACUGGAAAAGUGGCUCUAAGGCUGUGUCCAGUGAGUCUGCGGAGAAGCGUCAACGUACUGCUAGUGAUCAAGCUCCAGCCGGUGCUGCUGCCCGGGCUGCCGCUGAGGCUCGCGGCAAACGCUGGUUCCGUCGAGCGGACACAAAUGUGGUGUCGGUAAACUUUAACACGCUUCUGUCCCCGGGCAACAUGCACGCCGGGGACCCGGUGGUGUGUCAGAAGUGUGGCGCGAUUCUCUCACACGUUAGCAAGACCACCGUGGAGGGAGAGGAGCAGAAGACCUGGGUGUGCGAGUUCUGCGACGAGGCGAACGUUGUGGAUGUAGAGGAAGAGGAAGUCCCCAAGGUGGAGGAUGUGACCUACUUGCUGCGUCCGGCCAUGACCACGUCCCACAGCUCCAUGUCUGGCCUGGACCAGUCGCUGGUCAUUUUCUGUGUGGACACCUCUGGCAGUAUGUGCGUCACCACAGAGAUCAACGGGAAGGUCAAGCUGCGCGGCACGGCACAGCUGAAGCGACUGCAGUCAUUCAACGAGACGAGGGAGGCCCAGUGGCUGCCGUCACAACGCAUGCGUGACGUGACCUACGUGUCGCGGCUACAGGCCAUGCAGGCUGCCGUGGACCACCAGCUGGGAGAAAUGUGGCAGACUUUCCCGCACCGUCGCGUCGCACUCAUCACUUUCAGCAACGAGGUGAACAUCGUUGACCCAAUGAAGCUUCGGGAAGAAUUCUCCAACGUCCUUGCCGACCCCAUCAUAGCCACCAAGGUCAAGGCUACGUUUAUCCUCUACAAAGACCUCUACGUGUACAACGAGGACGAGCCUGACAGUCAGCCGUGCCGUGUGGAGCAACAGGUCGGGAACGUCAACCGUGAGUCGGCCGUCACCUUCCAGUUCGCUCGACGUCUGAAGCCCAAGGCCGAUAAGGCAACAGAGAAACAGACAGAGGGAGCUACCGCUAGUGAAGCCACGGGACCUGCCGAAGCUACCACCAGCGAAGCUACGGGACCUGCCGAGGACGUCCCCAGCGCAAGCGGGAGUGCCGAGAUGCCACAGAGUGACCUCCCCAGCGCGAGCGGGAGUGCGGAGAUGCUGCCUCGGACUGACCUCCCCUUCCAGCUGCAGAUCGAGUACACGGACACAGAGGGGAACCAGGCUCUGCGAGUCAUCACCCGCUCCAUGCCUGUCACGUCGGAGAGGACCCAGGCGGAGCGACACAUGAACAUGGAAGUGCUGGGUGUGCACGCUGCCAAAACAGCAGCUGACAUGGCCCUGAAGGGGAAGUACUCACGCUCUCGUGGCAUCUCUCUGAUGAAUCAACGCUUGGCUUGGAGACAUAG